CAGGGCCCAGCGGCGAGCCAGCAAUAAACGCUGGAGAGACAAGGGCCGUUGGUAAUUGCUUACAUGCAUGGCCGCGGUCUAUAGCUAUAUCCACUUCACACUGGGUGGCACGAUACUUUCGCCUUCAACGAGAGUAUAAAUAGCCUGCAACAUCCCACGGGAAACAAAACUUCCCCUCAUCAAGACUCCAAAACCCAAAUCAAACAAAAUGAAAUUCAACAACAUCCUCCUCCUCUCUACCCUCACCCUCGCCGCAAAUGCAGCCGACUGCACGGCGCCCAACCAGCAAUGGUUCAGCAGUUCAGCAGUGCAAAUGAUGUGGUCAAUUCGUGCCUGGCUGUGUCCCAACGCCUGGAACCAAGCCAUCACUGCGGGUCCCGACGGCGGCUGGUGCGAGGCUGGUGGUGGCGUCAUCAGCGCGUACUGGGGUACCUGGACGAUUUCGGGGAUGCAAAGUGAACAGCAGUGCUGGGACAUCACCGAAGAAAUCAUCAACCAGUGCAUGUGGUAUGACUUCGAACAGACGAGCUACAAUGGCGGCAGCUGGACAUAUGGCAAUAUCUACGCCGGUGGCUGGUUCUGGGCUGACUCCAGCAAAACCUGCUCGCAUGCUGUGAAGAGGGAUGCAGAACUCGAGAUUGAGGGACCGACGAACUUUACCCUUGCUGAUGGGACGGUUCAGAAGGUUGAUCGCCAGGUUUGGCUUGAUAUUAACGAGGAGGGCGUCACGGUUGUUAGGGAGGAGACGUACUAGUAGUAUCUUCGAGUACAGUGAAGUCGGAGUAACGGGGGUAUGUGCUGUGCGAUAGAGAAUUGGGGAAGAGGCUGGGGAGUCGGAGCCUGUGAAGUAGGGAAUAUCAUGAAUGCAUUGACAGAAACACUGUGUGAUAGUAUAAUCGGGAACUUCAGUAUCUGAGAUGAAAG